AAAAAUGCCCCUAUUUUAGAUUUCUCAUGGUUUGGAUACAUUCCACAUAUUUCUAAAAGGAUCUGCCCAGCACUUUUGGAGUGUUAGAAGUGGCCAGGAGAUCAAGCCUGUCAGCAGUUAUUAGAAAGAAAAUAAUUGAACAGCAAUGAACAAAAUUUUAUAUUUACAAUAGCUUGAUCAAUCUUCUCAAGUAUCUAUUCAUUCCAGAACUAAUAUUUUCUACAACCAGAGACUGAAAUGGCAUGACUGGAGUUUUAAGUAAUUUGGCUUUGACAUUUUCACCAUUUAUUGAGAACUUGGAACAGAAUUUGAACUCUAUUUCUGCACUAUCCUAGGUUAUAAUGCCAUCCUUUCCUAAUGAGGGAGAUAACCAUGGAACUGCUCCUUUGUCUUUGAGUUCGGAACUACCCUAUCAGAGCACAAUUAAAAGAAAAGUCCGAAAGAAGAAGAAGAAUGGAGUCAUCACUGCUAAUAUUGCUGGCACAAAAUAUGAAAUUGUGCGUGUAGUAAUACAAGAAAUGGGAUUUGUGAAAACGCGUGAUGAGGAUGAAACAGCAAAUCUUAUCUGGAGUGAUUGUGCUGUGCAGCAAGAGAAGAUUGCUGAACUGCGGAACUAUCAGAGAAUCAACCAUUUUCCAGGAAUGGGAGAGAUAUGCAGAAAGGAUUUUCUAGCAAGAAACAUGACUAAAAUGAUCAAGAGUCAGCCUCAGGAGUACAGUUUCAUUCCUCGAACAUGGAUCUUUCCUGCAGAAUACACACAAUUUCAGAACUAUGUAAAAGAAUUGAAGAAGAAACGUAGACAGAAAACUUUCAUAGUCAAACCAGCUAAUGGUGCAAUGGGACAUGGGAUCUCUUUAAUAAGAAAUGGAGAAAAGUUACAAGCUCAGGAUCAUUUAAUUGUUCAGGAAUAUCUUGAUAAACCAUUUCUUAUGGAAGGCUACAAGUUUGAUUUACGUGUGUAUAUUCUUGUAACCUCUUGUGAUCCAUUAAAAGUAUUUUUAUAUCAUGAUGGACUGGUGAGAAUGGGCACGGAGAAGUAUCACCCCCCCAGUGACUCAAAUUUGAGUCAAUUGUAUAUGCAUCUGACUAACUACUCUGUCAAUAAACAUAAUGAGCACUUUGAACGGGAUGAAACAGAAGACAAAGGAAGCAAACGCUCCAUAAAAUGGUUUACUGAGUUUCUAGAAACAAAUAAUCUCGAUGUCUCCAAAUUCUGGAGUGAUAUUUCAGAGUUGGUGGUGAAGACUCUGAUAGUUGCAGAGCCACAUGUUCUUCACGCUUAUCGCAUGUGCAGGCCAGGGCAAGCCCCAGGAAGUGACAGUGUCUGCUUUGAAGUCCUGGGAUUUGAUAUUCUGCUGGACAGAAAACUAAAACCAUGGCUCCUAGAGAUUAAUCGUGCCCCAAGCUUUGGAACGGAUCAAAAAAUAGACUAUGAUGUAAAAAAAGGUGUUCUGCUAAAUGCAUUAAAGCUUCUCAACAUACGGACAAGUGAUAAAAGGAGAAAUUUAGCCCAACAGAAGGCUGAGGCUCAAAAGAGACUGUAUGGCCAAGGGUCAGUGAAAAAACUGUUGCCAGGUUCCUCAGAUUGGGAGAAGCAGCGCCACAUACUGGAAAGGAGAAAACAAGAACUGAAGGAAAGACUUGCACAAGUACGUAAACAGAUUUCCAAAGAGGAGCAUGAAAAUAGACACAUGGGGAACUACAGGCGAAUUUACCCUCCUGAUGACAAGACAUUACUUGAAAAGUAUGAGAGUUUGUUAGCCACCGCUUUCCAGACAUUUCUUGCUGGAAGAGCAGCUUCACUUCAGCGGGAAAUGAAUAACCCCUUAAAAAGAAUGAAGGAGGAGGACAUUUUGGAUCUUCUGGAGCAAUGUGAAAUAGAUGAUGAAAAGCUAAUGGGAAAAUGCACCAGGCAGCGAGGACCUAAGCCCUUGUGUUCAAUGCCAGAAAGUGCACAUUCCUUAAGGAAAUCUAGGAACCACAGCAGUGACAGCAGCUGUGAUAGUGGUAGCAGUGUGUCAGAAUCGGGAGAAGAAACUGAAAAGGAAGAUCGCAAUGAAAAAAAAGAGAAAAGAGUUUCAUAUGAUCUUGAAGAAAAUAAAUACAAAUCUUUGGAGCGAUCAGGUAGAAUGAACUGCAAACCUUCAAACAAAAAUGUAAAGUCUCCAUCAUAUUCGUCCCCCACAUCAUCCACAGGUCCAAUAAGGCGUUCUGUGAGCUGCCCUCGUUCCAUAUCAAUACUCACUAUGCAGUCCCAGGGAGCUGAGCAGCGCCCCUGUUCAGCCAAAGCAUGUCUCCAAAUGCAGCGAACAUCCUCAGUGAACAGGUCUCACUCUUUAAGUCGUAGCCCAUCUUCAGCCAGAUUCUCUCAGACAGCCACCUCGGGAACUAUGAACUCUUCAGGGAGUGAGUCUUUGCUGCAACAGAAAACAAAAGAGCAAGAAGUUGCUUUGACAAAAGAGACUCUUCUCCUUAUCAAUGACUUGAGAGUCAAGUUCCCAGGAAAAACAAAUGAAGAAUCUGAAUUAAUUAUAGAAGAUAUUAUGGAUAAUUGGAAGUACCAUAAAACAAAAGUGUCAUCCUAUUGGUUGGUAAAACUGGAUUCAGCAAAGCAACGAAAAGUUUUGGAUAUAGUCAGGACAAGUGUCCGUGCAGUUCUACAGCAUGUCUGGAAAGCUCCAGACAUUGAAAAUUUACACCUCCACCGUCUUUUUAACCGUGUAUUUAAUCGCUUACUUUGGAGCCAUGGUCAAGGCCUAUGGAACUGUUUCUGUAAUUCAGGGAGCUCUUGGGAAACCAUAUUCAGUAAAGGCUCAGAGGCAGUGACUCCUGAGCAACUCCAGUGCUGCCAACGAAUAGUACAGCUUUGUAAACACUGCCUGCUGGUAGUUUACAAACUUUCAUCAGAUUCAAGAGGAUCCCCAACUGGGAUGAGCCACCACUGGGAUGAUACAAGAUCCCUCAAAAUCACUGUUUCCAGAUUUGCAUUCCUAGAGCUAACAGACCUGCAUUUGGAAUGCAAUGAAAAGGAUGGUCCAAGAGAACUUUCUCGUCUCCAGGUAUUUAUUGCCAAGACCUUCACUGUUCAUCCUGAAAUCAUCCUCAUCCAAACUUAGCUGCAGUUCAUCUGGAAUGCCUCGCCCUAACAUUUUGUUAACACACAGAUACAGUCACUUGUGAAGUAAAAGGAAAAUUGCUGCUUGUAAAUUGCACUCCAUUUCUUUUUUUUUUAACUUGUGAUGGAGCUAAACAUAAGCACUGUUCUAUAUUUCCUACCAUUAUAUUAUAAUAAAAUCUAGCUGAAAACCUACUGUAAAAGCAUAGCUUUUCUGGGAACAUAAUAAACCUCGUUAAGUUGUUUACACACACAUGUGAAUGUGUAGAUCUUGCUAGGUUUAUAAGUAAUUCCUUCCUACUAGAAAUGUUAUUUUUGCUGCAGAAUAUAUAAAAUGAAAUUGUUGAAGAUUCUAUUACAGUAUUACAUUAUUUUGUAAGUACAAUACUUUGACUUGAAAAUUAUUUAUUGUAAACUAUAUUAUUUAUUGUCUCAAAUGUAAUUAAUCCUUUAACAAAGCAGAUAAUUAAAAACUCUAGUGGAACAGUAAAACUGUAACAGUUAUCAAAAAUAAUAUCAGAUCAGUUCUUGGACAUGUUUAAAAUAAACCCCAAACCUCUAUAAGCCAAACCUAAAGCAGACAUAUUUUUAUUUCUCCUCUGAAAUGACAAGAUCUAUUUAAUUUUAUUUUUUCUUAAAGGACAUGAUCUAGUAUCUUCUAGCCGAAGCAAAGGCAUCUAGUACACAAACAGUAAAAUAUCAGUUUAGGUAUUCACCUCCUAAUUGGAUUCUCCUAAUAAAAUGGAAGCCAAUGUUUGUUUCCAGGUUUUCAUUCACAUUACCUGUAUCCUGUGCCUUUAGGUUUCCUUUGGGAGCAAGCAGUCAUCCUCAGCUCCACAUGCAUGCAUAGUGCAUAGGUUUUCUGUUACACUGCAUAAGUGGUAAAGCAGACAUUUUUAGGAAAUACUGCAGCUGUAAUGUAUUAUUUCAAACUUAAACUAAUUGGUUUGUUGUAGUUUUUAGCAUGCAAUCCACUACCUACUGUAGAAUGUAUCUUUGCAAUGGACAGUAUUUUCUAGAUUGCUGACACCUUUAAAUGUUGGAAUUCUAAUUCAUUAGAAAGCUCUUAUUCAGAUCUAGAUUCCUGAGGCUGGCUGAACAGCACAAAACCAAAUUGAGCCAGAGCAGGAACCUAGUAUUAACAGGAUUUGUAGCCUGAAAACAUCAUUCAGGUUUUGAUACAUACAGCCAUUCAUCCCACUCAGCAUUGUGCCAUGUGAGCCUUAUUCAUUAGAGAAAUAAUUAUUAAAUCAGUUAAUCUAGAUUUAAAAAUAAUUAAGUUUUUUAACUGAGUAAAGAACAGAGUAGUUAUUAUUUACCAAAGAAUCGUGUACUUAUGAAUCAUUUAACCCUGAAACAUGUUUGUAAAUUAUCAAUGUAUUUCAGGUAUACUUUAAAAAUUAUUUGGGGGCUAAUUAUCCUCAGGAGCAAGUAUGAUAGUGUUUUUUGAUAUCCAGAAAUUUAAGACAAAUUUAAGAGACUUAAGAGAUUUGAGACUGAAGUUGUAUGGAAAAGAUUUUUUAAGAAGUUUUAGUCAUAGUAUAUAUAGAAACUGGGAAUUUGGUUGAGAUUUUUGAUGCCUGUGCUGUAGUGCCUCAGCUCUAGAAUUGCAGAAUCUAUAACAAGAAUAUUUGUAAACAAAUAAAAAACCCUCUUGAAAUUACCAGAUCAAAGCAGUGUUUUGGUCUGGUAAAGUCUUUUUAAUUUUUGUGGUAAUACUAGUUCAGUAAUAUAAGAUGUUCACAUUAAUUGUAUAUCUCUUUUGGUCUAUACAGUGACUAUUAAAGCAUACUCUGGUUAUCUGUAACACCUAAUAAAAGCUGUAAAUUUUCUCUUCUUGGAGGAGGCUUCCAUUGUAUUCUACUUUUGGCCAUAAGGAUAAGAUCAGCUUCCAGCUUAGCUUGCCCGACUCAAGCAGAGCUUUAAGAUAGAAGGUUCACAUGUUUUUUUCUCGUUAAAAAAAAAAAUAAAUUAAAAAUUCACUAUGAUUUCUAUUUUUGAAUGCCGGUGCUGGGCCAGGUGUGUCUGUACAGAAUACUCUGCCAAAAGAAAGAGGGCUAUUAACCAUCCCUGUGGACAAAUCUAGAAAAAAAAAAAUACAUUUAGCAUGUACAAAAGUGGACCAGAUGGUGGUUUACGUCUGACAUGACUUAAUAUAUUUGCAUUUCUGAUAACCUUUCCUAAAACGGUCAUGUGUUCCUAAUAAUGUGUGAAUCAAUACCUUCAAUAAACGUCAUGCUACAGUUUGCUGCAGCUCCUCAGAA